CUGGUCAGGUCUAGAGCUUUUUCUUUUCGUCCUGUGAUUUUAAGAUGAGCUGCUGUCUCAAACCUACAUUACAAAGAUCUCAUUUCCUGUUUAUACACCACCAACCUCAGCAUCCUGUGUUUAAUUAAAACUCUUCAACACCAGAUGCCUUCUGUUGCCACCUGCUGUGUGCUGCUCCCAAGAGAGCUAAUGCUGUGUGACAAACCCUAUUUUCCCAAUCAAUAACCAGCACCCAAACCUGUCACAUCUUUACUUCUCCAUUGCUCUCAAACUGCAUAAGACAUAGUGUUUGCUAUUGAGAUAUAUUCUCCACCAGUACAUGCAUUACAGGAAGUGAAGGGGCUUCACAGAAACCAAAAGAAAAAUUCUAAUCUAAAAUAAGACACUAGCUUCAUGACUUCCUCUGUUAGAUCGAAGCUCGGCAGCGAGGGCACAUUAUAGUCAUCAACUGUACAGCCCUCAGAACAGUCACGAUGCCAACAACAUGGAUCUCUGAGGCAAACCAUCAUGGAUCAUAACACAUCUUCGCCAGUCAUCAUGGAAGGCCACGUUCCCCAAGUGUACCGGACUGUUAGCCUAGUGUUUUAUGGGAUUAUUUUCAUCAUAGGCACAGUGGUAAACCUGACCGCACUCUGGGUCUUUGCCUUGACCACUAAAAGACGAAACUCCAUCACUGUUUACAUGAUCAAUGUUGCUUUAGUGGACUUGGUAUUUAUCUUACUGCUGCCUUUUCGAAUGGUCUACUAUAGUCAAGACUACUGGCCCUUCGGAGACGUGUUCUGCAGGAUCAACGCCGCAAUAACAGUGCUCUAUCCCUGCCUGGCCUUGUGGCUCUUCGCCCUCAUUAGCACAGAUCGCUACGUGGCCAUUGUGCAGCCACGACACACUCGAGAAUUAAAAAGCGUCCGUAAAGCCCUGCUGUCCUGUGCGGGAGUCUGGAUCAUGACCCUGGGCAGCACAGCUCCGCUUGUUUUCCUGGAGGAAGACCCUGACCGCAACACAAACUAUACCACUUGCAUCAAGAUGCACGACAUAAUCUACUUGCGCCGUGACAAUCCCGUCCACUUCGCACGUAUCAUCUUCUUCUUCCUGGUGCCGGUGUGCAUCAUGGUGGGCUGUUACAUUAUCAUCGUGGAAAACCUCAUCCACGGCCGCACGUCCAAACUGAAGCCCAAAGUCAAGCAGAAGUCCAUCCGGAUCAUCAUCACACUGAUCGUUCAGGUGCUGGUGUGCUUUGUGCCUUUCCACAUCUGUUUCGUUUCCAUGCUGCUGGCCAGCAGUGAGAGGGGUUACAACACCUGGGGGGUCUUCACCACCUUCCUGAUGAACGCGAGCACAGUGCUGGACAUCAUACUCUUCUACAUUGUGUCGAAGCAGUUUCAGGACCGUGUGAUCAGCGUGAUCUUGUACAGAAACUACCUGAGGAGCGUUCGCAGGAAGAGCCUUCGCACCAACAGCCUUCGCUCACUCAGCAACCUGACCAGUGCCAUGAUCUGAGGAGUAAUACAGCUCAUGGUAGCAAUGUAAACUGAAUGUAAACAUGUCAGAGUUGGAAAUUAAAUGACAGAACUGCAGAACAAGAUGAAUGAUCAUACUAAAUAGUGAAACUGCUCACAGUAACAGCAGCUCUGCAGUUAAUAUGCAGUCAACUCACGAGACGGAUCACGUGUGCUCCAUUGUCUUCAUUGGCUGCUGCAUUGCAUCACUGCUCAUUUGCAUAAAGUUAAACUUGUAUCAGUUUUGCUGCCAGAUAUGCAUCACCACACACUGCACAAUAAUUUUAUUCGUGAACACACCCUGUAACAAACUCCCAGUGGUUGUGUAUCAUGCUGCAAGUGUGUGUGAUGUUUUAAAAAUUGAGAGGUGUUUUAGAAAAUUCAAGUUAUAAACUGGGAUGCUACAGUUAGAGCCACAUAUAAUGUAAUAUUUAUAAAAUGUUUAAUAGUUUUCUCAUAUACAUAUAAAACAAUUAGGCCAGAAUGGGGAUGCACUGUAAACCCAAACGCUCAAUAUAAUGAACUGGUGUUUGAGUAGGGCAAACUUCAAUUAAACUAUUUACUUUAAACAAUUUUUUUUUUUUUUUUUUUUGUAUUUUGAACUUUCUUUUUCUUUUUGAGUUCAUGAAACUAACAUAUUAAGUAAUCUGAAUUGCUUCAUUGUUUUGAAUUCAAUGAACUUGUUUCUUCAAUGAACUCAAAAUGGAGGGUAAAUGGUAAAAUUAUGUUAUGGGAGAUUUAGUAGUGUUCUGUGUUUUGCUUUAUGUGUUUUGUAAUACCAUCAUGGCAAUGAGUGGAGCAUGAAUUUGGUUUAUGAAUGUUCUUUAUUGCCUCAUUCAGCAACAUACUAAUGAAAGCAUUGCUUUACUAAUUAGCAAGUUAGCAUUUACUUAAUUAGCUAGUUAUAGCAAAUCGCUACUAAACAUAUUUAAAUUGAGAUUACACAAUAAUUUUAACUAACUCAAAUAUUUCAAGUUAAGAGCAAUCUUACUUCUUAACUUAAAAAUUAAUUUUAAAAAUUACCUUUUUUUUCGGGUUUACAGUGCGUUGUUACAUAAUCACAGCAAGGUCUUUGAAAUAGUUUUCAUGGCAAAACUUUCUUUGCAGUCUUUGCACAAUCUGUGCAGAACAUGUUAGUCUUUUGCUAAGCAUGCUUUUUUGUCAUACUAAGUAUGAUCUUCAGAAACAGCGAAUGUCUUUGAAGAGGUUAGUUCUAAAGGAGUGCAUAGUUGUAUAUUUGGUCCUUUUAGAAGUAUAAAACGAGAUACUGCCUUUCAGUGUGGGAUGUAAUGCACAUUAAAUUUCCCAAAAAGGGAAAAGUUAAUUCAAUUACGUAAGAGCACUUUAUCUCUAAUCAUUUUGGUAUUUAAUGAAAAAAAAAAAAAAACACAGUAAGGAAUCAUCACACACACCCACACACACACACACACACACACACACAUGUAUUCUGCACCAUUUUGUUUAAUACAAGCUGAUCACAAUUAAAACAGAACUGAAACAGGAUUUUGGUACAGCACGUGGCAGUAAACUUGAUCUGUAGUAUAUAAAACGCCAGCAGGUGGCGCUACUGACCAGGGCACAUUUAUGCUACUCUCAAAGUGCUUUAUCUCAAUUUCACCAUCAGGUGGUGUCAUGUAAUGUUAACAAAUUACUUGAAAGUGGCUUUAUAUCUGCUUAAAGUUUUAAAUGAUCUUUUCAAUUAAACUGUUCUCUUUGUUUUCAUUAACUUUCCAUAAAAUAUGUGACUGCUGA